AUGGCCCAUCCCCUCACCCAGCACCCCCCCAACAUGAUCGGCUUUGGCGCACCGGCGACCAUGUCGCCGCUUAGCUUCGGGUUCGGACAGCCUGGGAUGACUCUUGGGUCGCCCGUUCGCCCAGGUGCGUUCAACGGUCUUCACCACGGCUUUGGAGUGACGUCUCCCGGCUUGACAUCGCCUGGCUUUGGCUCAGCUGGUCCGUCGUCACCACUGAAGCGUGCUUCACCUCCUCGCACGUCCUCUAUGCCUAUCCCGACCCUGUCCAACAAGAGAACACGCCGCGCAUCGUCAGUGUCAUCUUCCUCGUCGCCAGUUGGAUCGCCCUCAUUGUCAAGCCGUCGAAUGGAUGACGACGACCGUCGUGAGCGCAAGAUUGCCGGAAGCAAGGCGAUCAAGCGCAUCCGCAAGGAGACCGAGGAAUCUUCUACGACUUCGGAUGCUUCGCUUCCCUCAACCUCUCACCUUCCUAUUCUCAUGGACAUCAUCAAUGAGGACCCAUCACUCGCACCUCGUAUCCUCCGUCGUAUCCCGCAGCCGCCGCUGGACAACUGUCUGGAGCAGUUGGAGCGCAUCGUGGCCAAGAUCGGCCGUGCAACCGGGUCAUGGGAUGUCCAGGAAGGAUACGUUGCUACACGACGAUGGAACCGCGUCGAGGAGCAGGUCGACAACUUUACUAAGACAGCGUCCACGUACCUCAAGUUCUUCUCGCAGCCCUCGUCCACGCAGGAGCCCGUCGAGCCGAACACGCUCUACCACCUUUUGCACGCUCUCACAGCACACGCCCUCCAGAUCUUGCCAAUUGUUCCCGACGGACCGCCCACGAGCGCCCGGCCCUUCCUCGAGUUGGCCAAUCUCGUGCUAACGACAUGGGGCACAUGGCUCACUCGCAUCAGUGAUGAAGUCAACAACCGCGGCGGCAUGUUCCCUCACUCGAUGGCGCAGUCUUGGGCGGACGGCCUUGACCAGCUCGCUCGCGAGCCCCCGCAGACAACUCAAGCGGCCGCGCCGUCGGUGUCGUGGGCCAUGCCGAUGAGCAUGCCUGCCCCACCCUCUACGCGAGAGAACCCUCUGGUAAUCGGCUUCCGUCACGCUCUCCAGCCCAUUCGUGACCGCUUCAUGAACGAGCUCGGGUGGCUCGCCGCGCGUGGAUAA